AUGAUCCAAUUAAUUACACCCAUAGGGGAGGAUAAUACUAUAUUUGGAAACACUUGCUCAAAUGACUCGAGAGCUAUUUGCUUUAGUGGUCGUGAGAGAAUAAGCCAGAAAGACACUGGCUACUAUAUAUUCCUAGGCCCCUCAUUCCGCAUAUUAAUAGAAGAUGAAAGAAUAUUUGAAUCGAUUAAGAUGGCGUUACAUCAUCUACAUCUAUACCCAUUUGCCUCUGGAUUAGAAAGCGUUCCACAACAAUUUUUGGAUCUAAUUAGGAACCCUUUUCAAUUUAAUAAGGAUGAUCUAAACACCUAUCACCCAUUAAUAUUCUAUCUCACUGGUAUUUUGAACAUUAGUAUGACAACGGUCACUACGGAAUUGGCUGUAAUAUCACCGAUUAGUGUAAUCCUUAAAAGCCUUAAUGAAUUGUCAAUAUUAGGUGACAAUUCUUUUAAUACUCAUAAGCAAAAUAUAUUACUGAAAUACAGCGUGUUUCAAGGAUUGGAUACAACGUUAUUAUUAUCUGCGUUAUAUGAUUUAGUGGAAGGCAAUGAGGGUUUCUUCUUACUUACUCUGAUUAUUUUAACAAUUGAUUCAAUAUUUCCGAAGCAAUUAGAUGGUUCUAUACCGACAAAGGAACUAAACAAUAAUCUUGCCCAAGUUGAAAAUGCAUUGGAUAUCCUCAAAAACCUUGAAAAAAUUGAAAAACAAAAAGAGAUUGAUUUGUUGUUUGCAAAGCUUGAUAAUUUAAAUUUGGGCCAUUACAACUCUAACCUGCUAGGGAAAGAAAACGCUAAUAUGAGCGUUGUAACGCAAAACACACCAUUUAUAUUUGAUAUGCACCACAGCUUAAGUCCAAAGCAUGCUUCAGUUGACUUUCUUAGGGAUCCAUUAUAUCUACAGCAAACAAAUCAAAAUAGCAUAAAUGCUCUUGAUAUGAAUAAAGAGAUCAAGUCUAUAGCUAGCAGCAAAUUGUGGAAUCCUAUUCAGUCAUCAAGAACGAACUCGUACCCUUGGAAUGUGAAAUAUACUGAUAAGAGCAUUUCCCCUAAAUCUGAGACACUCUGGUCAUUGGAUGCGAUAAACAAAAAUACUAUAAAUAUUGAAGAAGAUACACCGGAUUAUAUCUCUCUAAGUUGCAAAGAUUCAAUUAUUUAUGGAAUUACUAAUGAAACUCCUUAUAACGAUUUCGUCUCUGAAGCUGCCGCUAUCGAUAAUAAAUUGUUGCAGGAGACAAAUUCUAAAAAUAAUAUUACUAUUGCCAAUAAUGUUUAUUCUGUUUCCUCUAAUCCUAGAUAUGUCAGAGACAAGUAUCAUAAUAAAAAUACUAAGGACUCUCUUCUAGACUCUUCUGAAGGAAAUACAUGUCAAUCUAAUUCAAAUGAAGGUCAUCAAAAACGAGAAACUACGAAAAGAACUAACAAUAAGGCCGUAAACGAAAAUACAUCCAUUACAAGCUCGCUGACCGAGAAAUCCGAAUCUAACAAAUCUCAUGACAGUGAUGAUGACGAUGAUGACGAUGAUAAAAAGGAUCGCUCCAAUAAGUUUAAAAAUAAUGAUAAUUCUGCCUCGGAUCCUGAUUCCGACUCGGAUACCGAUUCUAAUUCUGAAUCUGAAGCUGAAGCAGAAUCUUUAUUCGAUUCAGAAUCUAACUCUGGAAGUGGGUUGCGUAAAAUCAAAGAUGAUAAAGAAGAACAAGAUGUUAUUGAAAUGUUGACAGAUUUAUUUCCUAUUUAUCCUCGAAGUGAAUUAGUUGCGAGGGUCAAAUCUACAAGUGAUGUUGAGAACUUAAUCGAUGUUUUGUUUUCAGAGCAAGAAGAUCAAAGUAAGGCUUCCGUGAAAGAGACUAAUGCUAAAAAUUAUUCAAGCGAUGUUCGUACAUUAAAGGAAAUAUUCCCUGAAUAUAAUUUUGAAGUACUACAGCAAAUUUUAAAUAGAAAUGAUGGAAACAUUGCACUCGCUUCUGCAGUCAUUUUACAGGGCGAUUCCGAAGAAUUAACUUCCCUUGAAGAUAAGACGAGUAAGAUGACAAUGAAUAAUCAUAAUAAUAUGACACAACUGCAGUCUUCAUGGAUUGCAUUACAAACAGAAGCAAACAGGCUUGAAGACAUUUUAAAUAUCCCGUCUCAACAGUUACUAAGUUAUUUACAUAAACAUGAAGGUAAAUUUCACGAGACUCUCGUUGCUAUUAUAAAUGAUAACUCUGUAGGGAGACUGAAUGCAUCAUCAGCGUCGUCGUCGAGUAGCAGGUCGUCACUAGCGUCCUUUUCUCGACACGUACCAAGAGGGGGUCGAGUACAGGGUUCGUCAUCGAAGCCAACGAUUUCUGUUCCAAGUAUACGGUAUGGGAGUGUACCACCAGAAGAUUCCUAUAGAUAUGACGAAAAUAGUCUUGAGGCCAAAGAAAUAAAAGCAAUCUACGUUGGAAAUCCCGAAUUCAAAUCCAUAAACGAACAAUUUUUCGAAAAAUUAUUAGUCUUCUUCCGUGGAGACGUUGCAAAGGUGAUCGAAGUUGCAGCAUUGUUGGUACAAGACAAAGCGGGUCACGUCACUUUCAGACAGAAACCGCCAGCGAUGAGUUUUCCUAGCAUUUCGCAAGCUGGUACUGGAAAGAAAAAAAAACCAUUUCCUCUAAUCGAACCCUACAAGCAUUCUAAUUUAAUUUCUACAUCCCCAACUGCGCACGUCUCUCUGUCUGGCUCGACCUCGGCUUCUUCGUUUAUCGCUACUUCCUCUCACUCCCAGACUCCUACCGAUGAAAUUUCCCUUAUGAAAGAGAAAUUGAAGUCUGCGGCGAAAAAUAAUACCCUAGACUUGCAUAAUCUUACAGUGCCGACCGCACUUGAGGCCACAGGUGAGGCUCUACGUGAUUGGUGGAAAGACGAAUUAGACCAAAGACUUGUGGAUGGUAAUCUCACUAAAUUUGGUUCGAGGGUUCAAUUUGUGAGUCCACUCAAUUUGGUUACAGGUCGCGGAAUUCAUUCUCAAGGAGGGAAAGCCAAGAUUAGAAUUGCUGUCAAAAACUACUUAACAAGAAAUAAUUAUGUCUUUGAAGAGUAUUCUGGGCGAUUUGAAAUUGAAGGUAAACGAUAG